AUGUUUGGGUCUAAGCUCUUCCCCCUGUGGGUCGUCGUCGCUACGAUGGCGAUCCUGAUCUCGGGUGCGCUUGGUGCCCCAGCCAAGGGGCUCUGCCUUGACUGCGGUGCCGCUAAUUCCACUGUCUCUACGGUCGUUACUUCGACCAUGACGGUAAAUGCCAUUUCCCUUCUCGCGUUAUGCUGGACCUGCGCUCGGAGCCCCUUUUGGGGUCCCUUUUGUUGGGGCCACUCUUGGAGCCUCUCCACGUCCGAAACACGCGUUGCCAGCCAGUUACUGACUGACCACUCUUUGGCUUCAUCUCAGACUUCAGUUGUUGUUACUACUGCCACUAUGAUCACCGAUCCCAUUAUCUCUGGUUCCCCGGUUCCAACUUCUGCCAAUGCCUCUGUCUCUCAGACUGGCGUCUCCACAGUCACCAUUUCGUCUUCGAACACUGGAAACAUCGUCCGCACUUCUUUGGCUCCAACUGCCCCCUUUGUGAACGGCACUUCGAUCGUUGAGACUGUGACCACUAUUGUCACUACCUCUUACACUGAGGUUUGUCCAACUGGGUUCACUGUCCGUUCGACUACGUUCACUGCCGCUGUCUGCCCCAAGGCUACCGCCGCUAUCACGGGGACCGGUGGAUCUCCCUGUGCCCCAACCAUCCCACCAAUCCCUAGUGGCUGGACUACCACUGUUACUGUGUGCACAGUUUGUGCUCCAACUCCUACCACAGUGACUUUGACUGUCCCUUGUGCAACCUCUCCAGCUACCGCAACUCCUGUGAUUACUGUGGUUACUUGUACUGAGUCUUGCUCCAAGACCAUGACUGAGAUAACUACUCCUGUGCCCACCCCUGUCACUACUGUUGUGACUUGCACUGAGAACUGCUUCCACACAAUCACGCAAUCCCCCACCUCUGGUGCUUCUUCAGCACCUCUGACUACAAUUCUCAUUCCUUGCACCAAGGAUUGCUCGAAGACUACCACAUUUAUUCCGGCCGCGACUCCACGCACAGUCACCAAUGUGACUCCUUGCACCAGUAACUGCUGGAACACAAUCACCUUGGGCACUGGCCAAGCUUCAGCCAAACCAACUGUCACAAGCAAGCCCUUCAGCACCUCGGGUGUUGUGGCUAGCAGCCCUCCUUCCUACAAUGCUGGUUCCUCGCUCUCUGGUGUUUCUAACAUCUUCAGUACUAGCAUCAUCAUGCUGCUUGCCCUACUCGUCUAG